CUGUUGUGACUGAGGCUGCACAGUGUGAGGUUACAUGAUAUUUCUGCAGUUGUUGAUGCUACCUGCAGUAAUGUUGAGGCGUGGACUACUAACGUGGGUGUCCCGCAUCGGGGGGGUGCUGGUGCUGCUCUGCUGCUCUCUGUCACUCCUCUAUCUGAUGACCUGCAGUCCUCCACACUCCAACAGCCCUCCGUUGAGUCAUGUGUUACCUCACGCAGAGUCCGACCGCCCUAACCUCGGAGGUACGGGCCCGGUUAUUGGAGCCGGGCCCGGAGGGACAGGAGGAGCAGGGGCCCAGAGCCGGGGCCCACCAGCCGUCCACACUUACCAAAUGCUUCUCCAGGAGCGCGAAGAGCAGCACCGCCUCUACAUCUCCUCCUUGAAGAAGCAGAUCGCUCAGCUGAAGGAGGACCUGCAGGAGCGCAGCCAGCAGCUGAAAAGAGUGCAGGAGAGUCUGAAAACAGUAGUGAUGGGGCCGGAAGAUGUGCAAGAAGGGGGUGCUGGGUCACAAGGAGGUGGGGUUAGAGACGUCCAGGGAGUAAAGAGCCAGCAGUUUGACCUCCAGGAGUUUCUGAGAGGUCAACUAUCAAAGGCUGAGGUGACAGCUGGCACCAGGUUACCCAGCGAGUACGCCGUGGUGCCUUUUGAGAGCUUCACCCUGCAAAAGGUGUACCAGCUGGAAAUGGGGCUCACUCGUCAUCCCGAGGAGAAACCUGUCAGGAAGGACAAAAGAGAUGAGCUGGGAGAGGUUCUGGAGGUGGCUCUGCACAGCCUCAACACAGUCGCAUCUCCGCAGGGCAAGAACGCAGCAGACAAAACUCAAACCAGCAAAGUCUACACUCCGUCUGACUUCAUAGAAGGUAUCACUCGUACAGAGAAGGACAAAGGAACGCUGUACGAGCUGACCUUCAGAGGGGAGUCCACUCAUGAGUUCAGGCGCCUGGUCCUCUUCCGGCCCUUUGGACCCCUGAUGAAGGUGAAAAGCGAGAGGAUGGACACGGCCGACGUCCUGAUUAACAUCAUCGUCCCACUUUCUGGACGAACGGAUAAAUUCAAACAGUUCAUGCACAACUUCAAGGAAGUCUGCCUACGUCAGGAUGGCCGGGUGCAUCUGACAGUGGUGUAUUUUGGGAAGGAGCAGAUAAGCGAAGUCCGCAGCACUCUGGAAAACACAUCCAGGGAAGCGGGUUUUAAGAACUACACUCUGCUGCAGCUGGACGAGGAGUUUUCUCGGGGACGGGGUCUGGACGUAGGGGCCCGGGCCUGGAAGACGAGCAACGUGUUGCUUUUCUUCUGCGACGUGGACAUCUACUUCACCGCUGACUUCCUGAACACCUGCAGGCUGAACACACAGCCUGGUAAGAAGGUCUUCUACCCCGUCUUGUUCAGCCAGUACAACCCCACGCUGAUCUAUGGAAGUCCUGAGCACAUCCCGCCUGUGGAGCAGCAACUGGUGAUCAAGAAAGACACGGGCUUCUGGAGGGAUUUUGGUUUCGGCAUGACUUGCCAGUACAGAUCCGACUUCAUCAACAUCGGAGGUUUUGACAUCGACAUCAAAGGCUGGGGAGGUGAAGACGUCCAUCUCUACAGGAAGUACCUCCACAGCAACCUGCUGGUGGUCCGAGCCCCGUCGCGCGGCUUGUUCCACCUGUGGCACGAGAAGCACUGCGCCGACGAGCUGCCCCCGGACCAGUACCGCAUGUGCAUGCAGUCCAAGGCCAUGAAUGAGGCCUCGCACGGCCAGCUGGGGAUGCUCUUCUUCAGGCACGAGAUCGAGGCUCACCUCCGCAGGCAGAAAGAAAAGCAGAACCUCAAGAAAACAUGA